AUGAAAAUGUAAACAAUCCGAACUAUUGAUUUCAGCAAGGCAAAUAAAUAGAUAAAAGAUCUUUCUCAUAAAUUUCUGUAGAGUAAAAUGCUUAGAAAGAACAAAGAGAAUUGUAACCCAAAUACAAUUGUUUAAGAGAGUGCGGCUAAAUUACUAUUAGAAGCCCUCCAAAAACCAAUUCUAAGAAACUUGAGAGAGUUGAUAAGGAUAAAAGAAUCAGUAGUUUGUGAUAGAAAUAUCUUUGAUGAAGUAUGUUCAAUGGGAGUGAGCGAAAAUUUAGAUGUAGGAGAAGGAUUCAAGAUUUCAUUUGCUAAUUUAAGUAUCAAAUAGGAAAGCAUUGUAGAUUGUGAGAGUAUUUAACCAACAAAUGCUCCAAUUCUAUUGUUUAUGGUACUUCAAAACAUUAGAAAGAAGAAGAUGAUUAUUUCAUUUUAGGAAAUCAAAUUUUUUAUAUUGUAAAGGAAUUUAUGCUCAGUUAAUAAGAAAUUGUAAUAUGCUAAAAAAGAAUAAUUAAGAAAGAUACUUACAAAUAAAAUGAAAUAAGAACAAUUAUUAAUGUAAGUAUAUUUGAAGUAUUGGUCUCAACAAACAUAACUUUUAAUAUUUUUUGAUCAUUUUGGAUCUAAGAUUAAAAAAAUUUAUAGAAAUAAAUUAAGUUAAUACUUUCAUACUAUGAAAUAAUAAAUAAAAAGAAGAGAGGGUUUAAAAAGAUUAACAAGGUUUAUAAAUAUUAAAUUAUUUGAAUAUGAAUAAUUAUUGAAUAAAAUCUAUAAAAAUUUGCAUUUGUAAAAGUGUUUAUAGAAGGUAUUCAAAAAGUAAAUUCAAUUUUCAUUUUAGCAAAUUCAAUGUUUUAAAUAAGAAUCUCCAAUUUUAUUUGAGUUAUUGUAUUAAUAUCAAAAUAAGCAAUAGAAAUAAAGUAUUAAAUUAUUAUAAUUACACUCAUUGAGAUAGAGAAGGAAAAUGAAGUCAUUUUAAUAUGGAUUGUAAGAUUUAGAGAAGAUUUUAAAGAAAUUAGAUUGUAAAUGGGGAUUUGGAAAAUUAGAAAAAAAUUAAAAUAAAAAUAAUAAAAGAAUGUUAUUACCUACAAAAUAUUUAUUUAUGAUACUUAAAAAGUUAUAAGAUAAAUAAAGGAAUUGGGUUUUGCGCAAAUUAAAUUAAUGA